CAUCACCAUUCGCAUUACCGCCAAACUUUUCCGGCCUCAUCACUUUGCCGAUACGCAGAUCGUCCUCUUUCAACCCACUUAUUACGAUCCGUUCGAGUCGUGAAGCCGUUCAAGAUGUCUUACCAGAAGAACGAGAAGGAUGUUCAGGAGCCGGCUAAGAGCCACAAGAUCCGCAUCACCCUCUCCUCUCGCAAGGUCCAGGUCCUCGAGAAGGUCUGCUCCGAGAUCAUCGACCGUGCUAAGAACAAGGACCUUCGCGCCAAGGGCCCUGUCCGCCUGCCUACCAAGUGCCUGACCGUCACUCCCCGCAAGACCCCUUGCGGUGAGGGUUCCAAGACCUGGGACCGCUUCGAGAUGCGCAUCCACAAGCGUCUCAUUGACCUCCACGCCCCCACCGAGGUCGUCAAGCAGAUCAUUGUCAACAUCGACGCUGGUGUCGAGGUUGAGGUCACCAUCGCUGCUUAAGCGAAUCUCCAAUCUCGUAAAGAUGUUGGAGUGACCGAUACCCUGACGUCGAGGGAAAUUGAAACAGCCCUCGAGGCAGAUAGGCACAAAAUAAACUGGUUCAAGACAUAUACCCAUUUGGUCUCCUUAUAUUAUCAUUGUGACUGUGUUUUUCUCCUUCUCCCAAGCAGCCUGUUAACGCCGUAGACUGUCUGCCUUAUAUAUAGAACAUAGAACCGUAUCGAAAAACGCCAUAUUGAUC